GCUUCAUAUGUAGCGAACUGGAAAAGAGGAAUAUAGAAAUUGGAAUUAUGGCAUCCACCUUGAAAGAGCUUCUCUCAUGAUGUACAAUGAAUGUACACUUUCUCUUCAAUAAGAAAUUCUAUAGACAGUCAGACGGUGUCACUAUGGGGUCACCACUAGGCCCAAUCUUAGCAAAUGUUUUCUUAGCGGAAUUAGAAAAUGGCUCUCUGGAAAGUAUCAUAAGCGGGUUGGAAUUGUACUGCCGUUAUGUAGGUGAUACAUUCUUGAUUGUGAAUAACGAGAACGGUGCAAGGAUUAUACUAGAUAAAUUCAAUAGCGUCUAUCCAGUUAUAACCUUCACCAUUGAGACAGAAAGUGACGACAGAAUCACCUUCUUAGAUGUUUGAUUGACAAGGAAGGUGGAUGGAAAAGUAAAAAGAAGUGUAUAUCGGAAACCAAC